AUGACUACCAUCGAAAACCUCAAGACGAUCGACCCCUUCGCCGAUGCCGAAGAGGGCGAGGGCAUCAACAACCAGAAGAAGGGCCAGGACUACAUCCACAUCCGCAUCCAGCAGCGCAAUGGCCGCAAGACCCUCACCACCAUCCAGGGCCUGCCCAAGCGCUUCGACCAGAAGAAGAUCCUGAAGGUCAUCAAGAAGAAGUUCGCCUGCAACGGUACCAUCGUCGAGGACAUGGACCUCGGCGAGGUCAUCCAGCUCCAGGGCGACCAGCGCAAGAACAUUCACGACUUCCUCAUUGACAAGCAGGAGGGUCUCGAGAUGGACUCCAAGGCCGUUACCGCCAGGAGGCGCCGGCUCCCCCUCGCAGCCGACCGGAUUCCGGCAUCCCCGAGCCGAUGCGAGUACCUACCGGGCAUGUUCCUCUUUGCGACCUCGGGCCUCGUGAAGAAGGCCCAGGAUAUCGUUUGGAAUGUGCGUGCGGUCCGAAAGGUCGAGUUCAGGGACACAGCAGAGUCUUAA